UUACACCAGUCCAUUUUAGGAAAAAUGGAGGAUCGAGGUCAAUAUUGAAACACACAAUUACCGAGUGUUUGCAAUGGCAUUAAUUUAAAAACAGAUGUAAAUCCAUUCUUCAAAAUGCAUAAAAUUUAUAACAUUUCUAAAUGAAUGCCGAUUCACUUCAUGUCAACUCAAUCAGUCGCACUACAGAGUUGAAAAAUAUAAGUUUGAUAAAAUUUCAACAACUGUCAACAGUCAAAACCGCAGCGUGUUAGUACCUACAUAACAAGGUAAAAUGUCGAAGAGAGGCUUAGGAUACAAUAAAUUUUCUGGACAGAGGACAGCCGGACUUGGUUAUCAACCACAAGAAGAACAAGUUCAACGCAUUAACAGACCAUCAAAUAAACAUGUGUCACAGUCAUAUAGUGGUGGUACAGGGUAUUCGGUCACAACAUAUCGUGAUAAAAUGAUGCAAAUGAACGACCAGGAGCGGCUUAUAGAAGAGAAGAAACGCCAGAUUGAAGCUAAAUUGAUGGCCGAGCAGUUACAGAAAACAAAAGAGGCAGCUGCUGCUGCUAGUGUGAAACAACCUCCAGUAACUGCAAGUAAAAGUCACGCUCUAAAAGGUAUUGAAAAGAAUAAAAAACCUACUACUGAAGCGCCAAAACCAAUUCUUCUUGUCAAUGAUGGGAACUUCCUAGAAAGGUUUAAACAAAUGCAACAACAAGGGUCUCUAGGCAAAGCAUCAACACCAACCUCUGACAAAGGUAAAAGAGAAGAUUCAUCGUCAAACACUGUAAAAAAAGCACCAGAAGUGAAAUCAGCUAAAGAAGAUUCAAGCAAGAAAUGGUUCCAGGGCAACAGUAACCCAAACACUUGGAACUCUGGAGAGAAUGUAUCUAGAAACAAAUCACAGGAUCACAGCAGGUCAGAAAGAGAUGACCGUGACAAGUGGAAAGAUGAACGUAAUCGGGAGAGGGAUCGCUAUUAUCACGAGUCACGUUCUGUCAGUAAGGAAGUUCGUGAACCUGUACGAGAACCAGAAAACAACAUGCAGAAACAAUUUAGAGAACGUUGGGAGAGUCAGUCGGGGAGGUCAGAGAGACAAGAUCUAUUUAGGGAAGAAAGAAUGAGGGAUGAGGAAAGACGUAGGGAAAGAGAAUAUGAAAGAGAAAAAGAAGAGCGCAGGAAAAGAGACCGAAGUAGAUCUGUGUCACCUAUCAGACGUAUAACACAGGAGUCAACUUUACCAAUGGGACUUCCUGUGCAGGAUAGUCUGGUCCUUCAACAAGCUGUCACAGAACCAGUUAGUAUUUUAUCGCAGCAGGCGUUAGACCCACUCCAUUUGGCAGCCACACAACUUGCAGGUCCCCAGCAUCUCCAGACUUCACAACAGCAGAUCAUUGGCCUUCCACCUGGGAGUCAAGCACAGGUUCAGCAAAUGAUUGUACAGCAACCUGGAGAACUGAUACAGCUUCAGCAGUUACCACCUGGUCAGGUCCAAGGUCAACCUCAGAUGCAGCAGGUGGGACCACCACCAGGGCCAGCACAGCCGCAGUUGCAGCAAGUUCAAGUCAUCCAGCAACCACUACAGUUACCGCAACAGCAAGUUCCUCAACAAAUAAUGGCAAACCCUAUGCAGGUUCAGCAGCAACCACCACAACCCUUACAAAUGCCCCAUUCACAACCUGCAGGUCCAUUUACUUCCCCACCCCCUUCUGUUCAACAACAAAUAAUUGUGGCUCAACCUCCACAGGGUAUGCCCCCAUUACCACCCCAAAUUCAAGCUCAGGUGCAGUUACAGCCGCCUUUAGCCCAAUCACCACAGCCCCCAAUAGGGCUUCCAGGUGCCCCAACUCCGCCCCCUGCAUCACAUGUACAAUUAAUCACACAGGGCCCUCCCCAAAUGUCAUUGCCUCCUCCAUUAUCAUUAGCCCCACCCUCUAUGUCAGUAGCUCCCCCAAUUUCCAUGGGAGUUCAGCCUUUGAUGUCACAAGCUCCCCCAAUGUCAAUGGGAGCACCUCCCCAGAUGUGCAAUUCAUCAUCAUCUGGAAUAUUUAUUGCACAAUCACAGCACAGUGUCAGCAUGGCACCAAACACUGUAGUUCAUGUUCAGCCUCCGCCUACUUCAGUGUCAUUUUCAGAAGCUCCCCCUCAUGUAGUUCAUCAACAACAGUUCACAGUUCCUCCCCCAGAGACAAUUGGUCCUCCUCAAGUUAUAGCUACACAUCAACAAGUUGUUGAUGUGUCUAUACCUCCUCCUGCACAAAAUCAGUCAAUCAUGCCCCCGGUGAAUUGUAGUCAGCCACCCCCAUUUCUUCAGCAGCCUCCUCCUUUGCUCAGUCAAACUCAUCUCCCUGUAGGCAGUCAAGCACCGCCUUUUCCCAGCCAAGCUCCUCCUCCCCCAUUUGUCAGCCAGUCCACAGUUGUGUAUAGUCAGGCCCCUCCCAUUGUCAAUCAACCUCCUCAUAUUCAUGGUCCACAUCCAGCACAAGGACCACCAAACAUGCAGUUUGCCACGCCUCCCCCUGGAAUGAUUAAACAAGAACCUGUAGAUAGUCAGUCAGAAUUUACAACAGUAAUGGGUGACUAUGGACCUGUUUUAGUUAAAAAAGUAGAAAUUAAACAAGAACCAGUCUGUGAAUAUGGCCCAGGCCCAUCAAGAAAUGGGCAGGUCAUGAAUGAAUAUGGAAAUAGGGCAGGAAGAGGAAAACAGGCAGAAGAAUAUGACCCAUUCAACAAAAAUGACAGCAGCUUUUCAGAAGGGGAUUACGACCCGGCAAUUCCAACAGAAGGUGACUCACCAGCAAAAGAUGUGAAAGACAGUAAAGGGAUCUCAAUAGGAAUGACAAAAAUAGAAUUCAAGAAAGAAACCAUGGCAACCAGUAGCAAUGUGUUUGAUGAUGAACAAGUUUUUCCCCCAGAAAAUGACGAGACACGAGAGCUGAUUGAUAACCUCGCCAUGUAUGUCGGACAGAGUGGAGACCAUGCUCUCAAUCAGAUGAAGGAAGACCAUAAAAACGAUCCCGUGUUUAACUUUCUGUUUGAAGAAGAGAGUCCUGAGUACAAGUAUUUCAUGUUUAAGAUAGAUGUUGCUAGAGGUUUGAAAACUGAGAAAUUUGAUGAUACACCAAAAGGACAAAAGAGGAAGCGUAGAAGCCGAUGGGGUCCAGAGGGAGAUAAAGCACAACCAGCACAUGUACAUACAGUCACGUUACAGGAGUUUUCACGACGUAUGGUCGGUUCUGACACAAUGAAUGCUGAGCAGAUUGAGCAGAUUAGAGAACAACGUGAGAUAAACAUGAUGUACGAGUUAAUACUUGCACAGAAGAAAGCACAGGAGGCUGCAUUGAUGGCAGAUGUACCUGGUAUUAAGGUUAAACCUAAAUACGAGUAUGAUUCUGAUGAGGAGACUGAUGAAAUAGGAACCUGGGAACACAGGAAUAGAACCGCUGAAAUGGACGCUACUAAAGAAUGGGCUGAGGCCUUGACUGAAGCUGGCAAAGGGAAACAUCAUAUUGGAGAUUUCCUUCCUCCAGAUGAACUUGAGAGGUUUAUGGAAACAUUUAAGGCAUUAAAAGAAGGCAGGACACCAGAUUUUAGUGAUUAUAAAGAUUUUAAGAUAACUUGUGAGAAUAUUGGGUACCAGAUGUUGCAGAAACUAGGAUGGCAGGAAGGUGAAGGCCUUGGGCCAGAAGGUCAAGGAAUACUAGAUCCUGUUAAUAAGGGCAAUGUUUCUGUAGAUGGGAGAGGUGUUGGAAUUGAGAGACCAGAUGGACUUUCCAAGGAAGAUGAUGAAUUUGAUGCGUAUAGAAAACGUAUGAUGUUGGCCUACCGCUUUAGACCGAACCCUUUGAAUAACCCAAGGAGACCCUACUACUAGUGUUGUACAGUGGCGAUCUUCUGGUUGACAAUUUGUGUAAUAAUUUUACUUAGUGUACAGUGUAUUUUAAGCUAGUUUCUGCUUCCAGAUACCCGGUAAUAACAGUAAAAGUAGAAUUAUCCCUUUUCAUGUUAAUUAUGAAUCUAAUUACCAAUUUGGGAAAUUGUAAAUUCAUUGAAUGAUUAAAUUGAUUAAAA